CCAGGAGAGCAGCAGCAGGUGCACCAGGCAGGACAGAGACAGGACAGAGACAGGAGGGACUGCUGCUUUACGCAAAGUCAUUACAACUGGAAAUGAAGCCAGCAAGUGAAGAAGCGAAAGACUGGGACAAUAUGAGAAGAAUGCUGCGAGAUUUUGUCGGAAAGAGAAGCCAUUGUCCCUUCAAGGGAUCAAACGAUGGCCAUCACGUCUCGUACAGGCGGUUCAGGAGAAGGAUCAUCCAGAGGAGCAGCAGUGAGGGUCCAGCUGCGAGCACACCUCUGGCCACUGGGGGGCAGAGGGAGCCCAGGUUUGAUCUGGAGGCAGUCUGCCAGAGACUGGAGCUGGACUCCCCUCCGAGAGACCAUGAACCAGCACAGAGACACCUGCAGGGAAACCUUCAUGAGACAGAGCUGGCAGGAGGCGUAUCACACUGUGGGGGUGUCACAUCUCCAAACACACAACACACCUUCACUGCCAGGAGAUGGACUGCUACAGAGAAUGCCCCAGAGCAGGGAUUGGUCUGGAGAGCAGCAAUUCAUGAACAUGGAAAUGUUCAACAGGCUGGUUCUGAUGAGAGGACACAUGCUUUGCAGCCAUUUGCUGUUCUGGACAGUACUUCUGUCAGUCAGUGUGGAAAGUCAGUGCUGAAGUUGGCGACACCGUCACUGCUGAACGACUACUACACUAAUCUUCUCGACUGCAGUUGUGAUGGUAUAAUUGCUUUAGCACUGGGCUCUUCUGUUUACCUCUGGAAUUCAGAAACUCGUGCUCUGGUGGGACAUUUGGCCCCGAUUCCACAACCAGGACGAGCGUACCUUCAGACCAUCUCGUGUUUGAGCUGGAGCAGAGAUGGCAGAACUCUCUGCAUCGGCACCAGGCGAGGGGAGAUGCAGUUGUGGGAUGUUGAACAAAAGAAGAGUAUGAGACGUCUGUGGUCACAUCAGUCUGUGGUGAUGGCUCUUUCUUGGAAACAGCAGUUACUCAGCAGCGGCUCAGUUCUCGGGCAUAUCCAUCACCUCGACCCUCGGGCUCCUUCACCUCUCGUGGGUGCCGUUGUGCAGAAGGAGGCGAUCUGCAGCCUCCAGUGGGCCCCAGGAGAGGACUGUCUGGCCAGCGGCUCCACAGAGGGCCUCCUCUGUAUAUGGGACGGAGACAUCGCAGGGGUCACAAGGUCACACCAGCCAAUCACUACGAUGACACAGCCCAGUGCUGUAAAGGCAAUGGGAUGGUGUCCAUGGCAGAGAAAGAUGAUUGCCACCGGAGGCGGAUUGAAAGAUGGAGAGCUGAGAAUCUGGGACACAGAUUUGGGGACAUGUGUGACAUCAGCUAACACAAAGUCUCAGAUCUGUUCUCUACGUUGGGCUGAAAAGAAGAGAUAUCUGGUCACAGGUCACGGUCUGCCUCAUCACCAAGUCACCUGCUGGUCGUCAGAGUUUCCCUCCCUCAGCCCCCUCUACCAGCUCAGAGCUCAUUCUGAUCGAGUCUUGCACUUGGCCAUAAAUUCUGACAGCACUCCGAUUUUCUCUGCUGGAGCAGACCAGCGCUUUCACAUCUGGGACAUAAUUCACAUUUCCUGUUCCCUUUCCUGAAUCCACCACAAUAAGAAGCUGGCAAACCACAAUCAAACCAAGGUGGUUCAUACCUCACAAUUUAAGGGUAGAAUAAAACACUUGGAAGAUAUUCUCAUUCUGAACAAUAUAUUCCUAUCUUUUUUUCAUUUUCCAGAUACCAAAUAUGGAUACCAGGGCAGUUAUGUGAUAAUAUUACAGAUAAUAUACCCAAACAGGCUGCUGCUGAGGAGCGCAGUACAAAGCCAAAUACUUUGCACAUUAAACAUUUUCUGUUAUGUAUUCAUGUAACUUGUGACAAAUUACAUUUAAUGUGUGUUCCAUGUUUCUUUUCUUUGUUGCCUACACUUAAAUGGUUACCUCCAGUCCUUAGAUAUGCAACUCGAUAACAAAUUGUUAUAAAGAACAAUUUAAAUUAAGGGUGGGUUUAUUCUUUUCUCUAUUUAUCUGGCUUAUGUGUUUUAACUUGACAUUUGAUGAUGAUGUGUGUAACUUCCUAUGUGGAGUGUAUACUCUUACUGCCAUCACUUUACUACUUUUACUACAUUUUAGCCAACAGUUACAUUAAUUGCACAUUUUACAAGACAAUAGAUGCAAAUAAAGGUACUCUUCGCAUAGACCUGUGGGUUGAAAGCUUGGAUGGUAAAAGUAUGCAUGCAACUAGACAAGACAUCAGAGAAGUGUGGUUAAGACUUCCUUUUAAAUGUUCACAUGCACAAGUUUUUCACAAGAUAAUGCACCAUGUGAGGUUUGUCACCACAGAUGUCUGAAGACUGUACCACAGGUUAUAUAAUACAACAGAUUGUCAUAUAGGAUUUCUAGAAAGGGUUAAUUUGCGAGAAACACCAUCAGUGUCUGGCUAAAAACUUUUUUUUUUAAAGUGUAAAAACUAUACUUUAAACUCCAGGCUUAUGAAUCAUGACAUGCAAUGACAGUAUGUAAUGGAGGCAAAGUCUCAGCUACGUUUGAGUAGAGUCUGAUUAUUGGCGUAUUUCUUAAAAUGCUUUUAGCUCCCUCCAGUAAUAGACACAGGGCCGAGGUCUUCAUUAAAAUACAAGGUUUAUUUUCAUACCAACCCAACCCGUGAGAACUGGGUUGAAGAACAGAGAGAAAUUGAAAGUAAACAAUAAAUAAAUAUGUAUAAGCGAUGAAUUCCGCCAAACUACACAAUAAACGGCACGCAGCUAACGCAUAGCAUGUAGCACACGCUAACACAGCUAACACAUAGCAUGUAGCACGUAGCACACGCUAAUAAUAAUAAUAAUAAUAAUUAUAAUGGGUUUAAUUUAUAACGCACUUCAUAUCUGAGUUCAGAUCCCGAAAUCCUACAAGCAGUUAGCAUGGAACAACAAUAAAAAUAGUACACAACACGGUAUAAUGAAUAAAAAGCAGUAAAAAACAAACCAAUAAAUAAAUAAAUAAAAGGGUAGUAAUAAAUAAGAUGAAAGGUCUAGGAAAAGGCUCUAUUGAAUAGAUGGGUUUUGAGGCCUUUUUUAAAGCCUCCACGGUCUGUGGUGCUCUCAUGUGCUCGGGGAGAGCAUUCCACAGUCUGGGAGCAGCCGAGCAGAAAGCCCGGUCUCCCAUAGUACGGAGCUUGGUCCUGGGGGGUUUGAGGAGGUUGGUA